AUGUCUAAGAAAAAAUCUGCAGGCAUGUAUUCUAUGAACUAUAUUGGAAAGUUCUUCGCGAACUUUUAUGAGUUUUACAACGAAAUCAAUAGUGCUACUUUGACUGGUGCUAUCGAUGUGGUAGUAGUGGAGCAACCCGAUGGCAGCUUUACCUGCUCACCCUUCCACGUGCGUUUCGGAAAACUAGGAGUGCUUCGAUCUCGGUUUAAAGUGGUUGAUUUGGAGUUAAACGGAGAACCACUAAAGAUUCAUAUGAAAUUGGGUGAAUCCGGAGAAGCUUUCUUCGUGGAAGAAGUUGGUGAGGACGAAGCGGAAUGCUCGGCGCACCUUGCCACAUCACCCAUACCCGCGUCACGGUUUGAAGAGCUGUAUGAACCUCGUCGUCGAAACUCCUUAUCCGCUGUUGAACCCGACCAUGGACAAGCAUCCGACUAUACCAAAAGGAGGUACACAGCUGAUGGGAAGACGAUGCAAAAACCCGAUCUAAGUAAACUGAUAAAAAAUAGUGCAAAAGAUGAGAAGAACGUUAUCGACGAUCAUGAAAACGAGGCACUGUUUGAAAUGGACGGCCUAAACGAUGGAGAGGACUGGACCGAUUCUAAGCCAAAAACGUUUGCGGCAACCCAACUUGGAAUCGCCGGAAGUGAAGCCAAUCAAACAGUGCAGAAAAUAAGCGAACAUAAUGAUUUUCGACCAAUCGAAGCGGCGCCGAGCCAAGAUGAAGUAAAGCCGAAUGGCAACGGUAAAAAGAAGAAGAAGAUGAGGAAAGCAAGCUCUAAGAAGAAACACCAAAGAAAGUCUUCGACUAGUUCGGUUUCAAGUCAAUCUGAUCUCACCAGUUCCGAGCCGCGCGCUUCCCAGCCGGCAGCCAUUAACAACACCAGCGAUAUUAAUUUCUUCAGUGACACGGAAAUCGUGACUGGCUCUCUUAGCGAAGAGAUGUCCAACAUGAAGCUGAACGGUGAGAAUCGCAUCCCGCUGGCGUUGUCGGACACAACGUUCGAGGUGCACGCCGCCUCCAGACACUCCAAAGGAUCCCGGCACGGGACACCAGUGCAGUCGGACACGGAAGUAGAGUUGGUGCGGGCAGCGACCGACGACAAGUCGUCGCAGUCGUGGCGAUGGGGGGAACUCCCGGAGCCACCGGUCCGUGGUUCACAAACGAUAGAAUCUCCCGACACACCCGCGUCCUCUGCAUUACCCAAAGAACCCGCGUCGCCGACUGAACCGCUAAGUUCUGAUGAAGAAAGAACAGAACGUCGUGGUGUUCUAAGUGGAAUGUUCCGCUUCAUGUCGACCCGGGAGCCGACGGACGCCGCGCCGGAGGGCGUCUAUCUGGACGACUUGGAUCGCGGUCAAGUCGAUCCGGAUUUGUACUUCCCGAAACAUCACGCGGAAAAAUAUCGCGCAGUAAGCAGUAGCGGCAUGGCCGUGGGUCCCACAGAGGAGGAGUACGAGUCGGGCAACGGGCCGUCGCUGCCGCAGUCGCCCGCGUCGCCGGCGUCGCCCGCCACGCCACACUCGCUUGAACUGCCCGCGCUCGAUUCAGAUGACGAUGAGAAGUUACUCGCGAAAGGGCAGGUGACGGUUAUGGAGCGCGAGGGUGCGGUGUCACGCGCGCUCAGUUAUGCAGAGUUCUGUGAGCGGAUCUCCAUGGUGGGAGGUAUUGGAGGUGUUGGGGGUGCUGGCGGUGUUGGGGGUGUUGGGGGUGCUGGAGGUGCGAGGCUGGAGGUGCGGCUUGGGUCACGGGUCCUGCCGUGGCGCAGCGCCGCCCCUCUGUUGCUGUCCCUCCUCGCCUACCGUCGUCCGCUGCCUAGUCGUGUAUUAGAAGAGCUGGAGAAGGGUGACAAGGAGGAGCGAGCGAGCGGGACGGACGAGGCUAAGACGCGCUCGUACUCGCGCUACGCGUUCUGGCCGUUCCGUCGUUCUAACACUGAAAAGGGGUCAGAAUCACAAUCCAAAGAUGAAGAAUUGAAAGACUCAACUUUACACGCUGAUACUGUGAAACCUAUAGUUAAAUCUGACUCUGCGGAUGACCAAGACCAAGACCAAGUAGACCAUUGGGCAGGGGAAAAUAUUGAGAAACCCAAAGAAGUGAAAGUUGUUGAAGAAGCUGUCAAACCUGAAGAUGAAGUGGAACCGAGGGAAUCCACGCCAAUAUUGCCUACUCCUGAUAUAUCAAGCAGCCGCCACGACAACAGCUCGUCGGAAUCCGAGCACGAGGACCAGGGACAGGGGCGCCGGCAUUUCUCCUUCCGCAAGACGUUGCGGCUGUCCUCCGAACAAAUUAAAGAGCUGAACCUGCGCGAGGGCAUGAACGAGAUGGUGUUCAGCGUGACCACGGCGUACCAGGGCACCACGCGCUGCAAGUGCAACGUGUUCCGCUGGCGCUACGACGACAAGGUCGUCAUAUCCGACAUUGACGGCACCAUCACCAAAUCGGACGUGCUGGGACACAUAUUCCCACUGGUGGGCAAAGACUGGGCGCAGUCGGGCGUGGCGCAGUUGUUUACCAAGAUCAAGAACAAUGGAUACCAACUGCUCUAUCUGUCUGCCAGAGCCAUCGGACAGGCGAGGGUAACACGUGAAUAUCUAAGGUCUAUCCGGCAAGGUGAGCUGUACUUGCCGGACGGACCACUGCUGCUGAACCCCACGUCGCUGCUGCGCGCCUUCCACCGGGAGGUCAUCGAAAAGAAGCCGGAGGAGUUCAAGAUACAAUGUCUAGCGGACAUCAAGGCUCUGUUCCCGGCUGGUUCUAAUCCCUUCUACGCUGGAUAUGGCAAUAGAGUUAAUGACGUGUGCGCGUACCAAGCUGUCGGCAUUCCUAUUGUGAGAAUAUUCACGAUCAACUACAAGGGUGAACUCAAGCACGAAUUGACCCAGACAUUCCAAUCGACUUACCACGUGCAAAGUGACAUGGUCGAUGAUUUGUACUCGCACAUGUCGGUGCUGGUGGACCAGGUGUUCCCGCCGGCGCAGUGCGAGCCCAGCGCCGAGUUCUCGCAGAGCGUGUACUGGCGCGAGCCGCUGCCCGCGCUGCCGCUGCCGCCGCCGCUCGACAGACAC